AUGUUUUCCAGGACUCUCAGACACGUUCCAAAAAGGCUACAUUUAGCAAGGAAUUCAACCAGAAGUUACUCUUCUGGGGCCAAACCAACGCCGCUACAGUGGACGGCUGCAGCGCUUCUCUUUGGCAGUGGAGUAGCUGCUGGAGGCUACUUUGCGGGAAGAAAGCAGCCUGAAGAAGGUCGGAAAGGGGCUUUGGGCCUCCAGCACUUGCUGGCCUCGACGACUCCGUUGGACUCUUUGGAAACACCAAAGUACGCCAAUGACGAAGACUUCGAUACCGCCUUGCAUCAGAUCACAAAGAUAGUGGGUAAAGAAAACGUCACUUACGAUAAGGCCGUGCUUGUGGCUCACAACGAUACGCCUUUCAAUACUCACCACCCGCCAGAUCCUGAACACCAAAGACCAAGCAUUGUGGUGUUUCCUUCUUCCACUCAGGAAGUAUCUGAAAUCAUGAAGGUGGCUCAUAAGUAUCGGGUUCCUGUGGUUGCCAACUCGGGAUUGACGUCCUUGGAGGGCCAUAAUAUGCAUACAAGAGGUCCCAAUUCGAUUUCGCUUGCGUUUGGUAACCUUAACGAGGUUUUGGAGUUCCAUCCUGAUGAUCUAGAUGCUGUGGUUCAGCCUGGCGUUGGCUGGCAGGAUCUAGACGAUUACUUGCUUGAUAGAGAAGACGGAAAGCAUCUUAUGUUUGGCCCAGAUCCAGGUAUGGGCGCUGCAAUUGCUGGAAUGGUCGGCACUUCUGCUAGUGGUACAAAUGCUUAUAGAUACGGUACCAUGAAGGAGAAUGUGGUCAACUUGACGGUUGUUCUUGCUGACGGUACGGUGGUGAAGACUCGCCAGAGACCUAAGAAGUCGAGUGCUGGGUACGAUUUGACCCAUAUCUUUAUUGGCUCUGAAGGUACUUUGGGUAUAAUUACAGAGAUUACCGUCAAGCUCCAGCCUCGUCCUAAACAGGAGCUUGUUUGUAUUGCAUCGUUUCCUACUAUCAAAGACGCAGCUUCAACGGCACAAAGCAUCAUCAACAAAUCAGGUUUCCAGGUGAAUGCUUUGGAAUUGUUGGAUGAAACCACUACCACCUUUGUUAAUGCCUCGGGAAACCUGGAAAAGCAGUUCUUGGAAAGACCCACGUUGCUUAUUAAGGUUGGAGGAGUUUCUGAAAACACCGUCAAGGAGCAAAUCGAAGUGGUAGAGCAAAUCAGCAAGCAAAACAACCUUAUCAAGUUCGAACAGUCACUGAACAAAGAAGAAAACAAUAUCCUUUGGACAGCCAGAAGACAGGGACUUUGGCUGACUCUUGACUACGGAUCGAAGGUGUUGGCUAACCCAAACGACGUGAAUGUCUGGACUACCGAUGUGGCAGUUCCAGUAUCUAAAUUGGCACAGGUUGUCGAUGAAACCAACGAGGACUUGAAGAACUCUAUUUUCAACGGUAAGUUUGCCGUUAUGGGACAUGUUGGUGACGGAAACUGCCACUUUUUAAUUCUCUACAACACUCCAGACUACAUGGAAGCGAAGAAGUACGUUGACAGGAUGGUCGAACGUGCUAUCAAGUACGAAGGUACGUGUACUGGAGAGCACGGCGUGGGUGUUGGCAAAAGAGCGUACUUGGAAUCUGAAGUGGGUAAGAAUGCCGUUGACUUGAUGAGGCAUCUUAAGUUCUCCUUGGACCCUAAGGCUAUUCUCAACCCAGACAAGGUUAUCCAGAUUGAUCCCCACGACAAGCUCGACGAACACCUCAACUCUGGCCAUGUCCACGAGGUCCAGAAGUGUUGUUAA